UUGGCGGGCGGUUCAGAUGGCUAACGAUCAUUGGCUUUCUGCGUCAGGCACGUGACCAUCUCAGCAUCCGUAACAUGCGCUAUACUGUUUUAUCAAUGUUAAAGUAGCAUUUCUCGUGAUGUAUGGAUUUUAAGAUGGGAUAAUAUAUUUGAAGUUCAGGCAUGUCGACUUUGGUAGUGGAUCCGAGCAUAAAAGGAGGUAAAUCGUUUGUGAAUGAAGACGUUGGUUGUCGCAGGAUGGACACUUCCCUGCUGUUCCUGAGACAACAAAGCUUUGGUAUGGAUUCGGGGCGAUCGAACAGUGACGGUCACCCCUCGCCACCACAGAAGUCAAGGUUUGAAAGCGACAGGUCUGUUGAAUCUUAUAUGCCGUCAGAUGACGAUUUCGAGACGGACAGUAAAGACGAAAAUGACGAUAGCGUCUUUAUCGAGAACGAGAAUCAGCCAAAAACUAACUUUAUACUGCUGGAUAGAAUUCCGAAACCUGUGUUUAGAUCUUUGCCGAUUUCUAGUUCGUACACGGAUAACGAUGACGGUCCAUUAGAUUUAAGAAGUAAACUCUGUCGGAGACUAAGCGACUUUUCAACGGAUACAACCCUGUCUAGAAAGCCAGGUAACCGCCGAGUGUAUACUAACAGCCGUGAACGCUGGCGUCAACAAAACGUCAACACCGCGUUCAGCGACUUACGUCGUCUUUUGCCUACUCAUCCUCCAGACAAGAAACUGAGUAAGAGUGAAAUUCUUCGAUUUGCAAUACGCUACAUCCGGCUUCUGAGAAAGGUUGUCGAAUACCAGGAAAAUAAUAGCGUCACUGAGGAUGCCGAAAAUGGAAGUAAUCAGAGAUGGACAAAGGGUGACCAAGUAGAAAUUCGCACCGAAUGUAGCGAACACGGCAGAAUAACGUCAAACACGUCCUUAGCGUCCGACGUCUCUUCAUCACCAGAAUAUUACCGCGACAGUUAUUGUGAGGAGGAUUAAGGUGGUCAGUGCAAUAUUGAUUAAACAUUAUGCUUUUUAAUCCAUAUACAGUUUUAUGUUUCUGCUUUGUACAUGUAUAGGUUGCAUUUGUUACUAAUAUAGUUAUUGCGUCGCACGAUUAUGAUUGAAUAUGGUCGAAUAUGACAUUGUUGUUAUUCUGGAUAUAUACAUAUAUAAUUGAACACAAAGGAGAUACCGAAUAUACGUGUUAUACUAGUAGUUGUAUGUCAAUGUACUUUUUACUUUUGAAGAAAUCAUUUGUAUGUUUCUAAGGCAACACCCAUUUAAGGUCUCCUUCGACGGAUUUCGACCGGCGGCGAGGGAAAUAAUUAUGAUAAUCAUUUUUUCUAUUUAUUUUAAACUACAAAAUAGAUGUUUAGUGUAUGCACUUAUUUGUGGAUCAUGAGUUACUGUAGUGUUAAUGCGGCCUUAUGUUAUACACGGUAUUCCAUAGAACCGACUUGGUCGCUGAAUAUAUUAUUGGUACAAAUUGACUUAAAUGAUUGUUUAUGAACGUGUAAUUGACAACUUUGUGAGUUGCGACUAUAUUAACCAGCGCCCACCCGACAUUCGAUAUUUAUAUACAAUUCUUAUCUCAUUGGUCAACCUUUUGUUUCAUCCAAAAUUGAAUGCCUCUUUUGGGCUGCGCUCUCGCUUAGGGCUGUGUCCUAAAUUCGGGAUGUUCUAUUUUAUGUUGAACACUAAAUAUAUACACUAUUUGUGUACACUUAAAACUGCUCAACAAAAAUACACGUUCGAGGGGUCACUUAAAAAGUUAAAAUGAAAACAUGUUCUUUGCAUUUUCUGAAGAAGAAACAAAUCGGUAAAUCCAACGACCAUACUGUCAAUUUGGUGAUUCUUAAUGAUUAUAUUACUAGAUUAUGUGUAUAACGAAGAAAACUGCUAAAGUUUUAAAAGUUAGGAAUAAUCUGCUUCACUGUCGAAAAAGAACAGGUUAAAUGUCAGGGUUCAAUGUCAAACUUACAAUUAAGAUUAAAAUGGUCCGUGUAUAUUUAUAUGUGUGCAAUAUUUUAUAUUUUACAGCCAUGUUUGUUUUGAACGAUGUAUUAUUUGUUGUAAAACAAAUAAAGAGUUUGAACGUA